AUGCUGAGCGCCCCAGCUGCCCCAGGCCAGGGCCCCCAGUGGGAGCUCCCUGACCCCACAGCAGCCGCCCAGGCCCAGGCAGUCUCCCAAGUGAACAAUAACGGAGCCGUCUCCUUCCUGAAGGAGGUCUCUCAGUUCACCCCCGCGGCCUUCCCCAUCGCCAAGGACCGCUGUGUGGUGGCAGCCUUCUGGGCAGACGUGGACAAUCGGCGCGCGGGUGAAGUGUACUACAGGGAGGCGGCCGACCCGGCCACGCUGCGCAGGGCCACCGCGGACAUCGUGCGCUACUUCCCGGAGCUCCAGGGCUUCUCCGCCACCUGGGUCUUCAUAGCCACCUGGCACCGCGUGACCUUCUUUGGAGGCAGCGCCUCCUCCCCCGUCAACACAUUCCAGACUGUGCUCAUCACUGACGGCAAGUUCUCCUUCACCAUCUUCAACUAUGAGUCCAUCACGUGGACCACCGGCACGCACGCCAGCAGCGGGGGGGACGCCGCCGGCCUGGGGGGCAUCGCAGCCCAGGCUGGCUUCAAUGCGGGUGACGGGCGGCGCUACUUCAGCAUUCCUGGCUCGCGCACAGCGGACAUGGCCGAGGUGGAGACCACCACCAACGUGGGCGUGCCCGGGCGCUGGGUGUUCAGAAUCGAUGAUGCCCAGGUGCGCGUGGGGGGCUGCAGCCAUACAACCUCCGUGUGCCUGGCCCUGCGCCCCUGCCUCAACGGCGGCAAGUGCAUCGACGACUGCGUCCCGGGCAACCCCUCCUACAGCUGCUCCUGCCCCUCAGGCUUCACGGGGCGGCAGUGCCACCUGGACGUGAACGAAUGUGCCUCCAGCCCAUGCCAGAACGGUGGCACCUGCACGCACGGCAUCAACAGCUUCAGCUGCCAGUGCCCGGACGGCUUCGGGGGGCCCACCUGUGAGACAGCACUGUCUCCAUGUGCCAGCAGAGCCUGUGAGAACGGCGGCCGGUGCCAGGUGCAGAGCGGCGCGGUGGUGUGCCUGUGCCAGGCCGGCUACACGGGCAUGGCCUGCGAGACGGAUGUGGACGAAUGUGCCUCCGAUCCGUGCCUGAACGGAGGCUCGUGUGUGGACCUCCCGGGGACUUUCACGUGCCUGUGCUCAGAGCCGUUCUCGGGGCCUCGCUGCGAGACAGGAAGCCACCCCGUGCCCGACCCCUGCCUCUCAGCCCCCUGCCAGAACGGGGGCACCUGCGUGGAUGCCGAGGAGGGCUAUGUGUGCGAGUGCCCGCAGGGCUUCACGGGCCUGGACUGCAGGGAGAGAACCCCUGAGCACUGUGGGUGCCGCAAUGGUGGCAGAUGCCUGGGGACCAACACCACCCUCUGCCAGUGCCCCCCAGGAUUCUUUGGGCUCCUCUGUGAAUUCGAAGUCACGGCCACGCCCUGCAACAUGAACACUCAGUGCCCGGACGGGGGCUACUGCAUGGAGUACGGCGGGAGCUACCUCUGCGUCUGCCACACCGACCACAACGUCAGCCACCCACUGCCGUCACCUUGUGACUCAGACCCCUGCUUCAACGGAGGCUCCUGUGACGCCCAUGAGGACUCCUACACUUGCGAGUGCCCCCGAGGGUUCCAUGGCAGGCACUGUGAGAAAGCCCGGCCACACCUGUGCAGCUCGGGGCCCUGCCGGAACGGGGGCACGUGCAAGGAGGCGGGCAGCGAGUACCACUGCAGCUGUCCCUACCGCUUCGCCGGGAGGCACUGCGAGAUCGGGAAGCCGGACUCCUGUGCCUCCGGCCCCUGUCACAACGGCGGCACCUGCUUUCACUACAUUGGCAAAUACAAGUGUGACUGUCCCCCAGGCUUCUCCGGACGGCACUGCGAGAUAGCCCCCUCCCCCUGCUUCCGGAGCCCCUGCAUGAAUGGGGGUACCUGUGAGGACCUGGGCACAGACUUCUCCUGCCGCUGCCAAGCAGGGUACAUGGGACGCCGGUGCCAGGCGGAGGUGGACUGCGGCCCCCCGGCGGCGGUGGAGCAUGCCACACUGCACUUCAACGGCACCCGGCUGGGCUCGGUGGCCCUGUACAAGUGUGACCAUGGCUACAGCCUGAGCUCCCCCAACCACGUCCGAGUCUGCCAGCCCCAGGGCGUCUGGAGCGAACCUCCACUGUGCAACGAGAUGGGGGACUGCAGAGAUGGGGGCUGCAGAGAUGGCGGCACUCUGCUGGGGGCUCCUGCCAGGCACCUGUGCACCCCCAGCGCAGGGUAUAAAGGGGCCCACUGUGAGCUGAGGAAGCCCACAGAUGAGUGCCAAAUGCAGCCCUGCAGAAACGGAGGCUCCUGCACGGACCUCCCGGGGGCCUUUGUCUGCCAGUGUCCUGCAGGCUUCACCGGAGCCCACUGCCAGACAGAGGUGGACGCCUGUGACCCCAGCCCCUGCCAGCACGGAGGCCGCUGUGAGGACGGUGGCGGGGCCUACCUGUGCGUCUGCCCGGAGGGCUUCUUCGGCUACCACUGCGAGACAGUGAGUGACCCCUGCUUCUCCAGCCCCUGUGGGGGCCGCGGCUACUGCCUCGCCACCAACGGGUCCCACAGCUGCACCUGCAAAGUGGGCUACACGGGCAAGGACUGCGCCAAAGAGCUCUUCCCACCAACGGCCCUCAAGGUGGAGCGAGUGGAGGAGAGCGGGGUCUCCAUCUCCUGGCGUCCACCUGAAGGCCAGGCCGCCAGGCAGGUGCUUGACGGCUACGCAGUCACCUACGCCUCCUCGGACGGGGCCUCCCGCCGCACGGACUUCGUGGACCGGGGCCACUCCUCGCACCAGCUCCGGGCCCUGGCGGCCGGCAGAGCCUACAACAUCUCCGUGUUCUCCGUCAAGCGCAACGCCAACAACAAGAACGACAUCAGCAGGCCGGUGCUGCUGCUCACCCGCACACGACCCCGCCCCGUGGAGGGCCUUGAGGUCACCAACGUGACUGCCAGCACCAUCUCAGUGCAGUGGGCCCUGCACAGGAUCCGCCACGCCACUGUCAGCGGCGUUCGUGUGUCCAUCCGGCAUCCCGAGGCCCAGGAAGACCAGUCCACCGAUAUGGACAAGAGUGUGGACAAGUUCACAUUCAGGGCCCUGCUGCCAGGAAGGAGAUACACCAUCCAGGUGACUGCCCUCAGUGGGCUCGGAGGACAGGAGCCUCCCACCGAGAGCCUGGCCUCGGCCCCGCUGCACGUGUGGACACGGCCCCUGCCACCAGCAAACCUGACUGCCGCCAGAGUCACAGCCACCUCUGCCCAUGUGGUCUGGGACACCCCCACUCCAAGUACCUUGCUGGAGGCAUAUGUCAUCAAUGUGACCACCAGCCAGAGCACCAAAAGCCGCUAUGUCCCCAACGGGAGGCUGACAUCCUACACGGUGCGGGACCUGCUGCCGGGCCGGCGGUACCACCUCUCGGUGACAGCCGUGCAGAGCACCGAGGGCGACCAAGUGCACAGCGAGCCUGCUCACCUCUACAUCAUCACCUCCACGAGGGACGGCACUGACAGACGCUGGCACAGGGAGGGACUCCAUCCCCGGGUGCUCAGAAACAGACCGCCCCCUGUGCGCCUGCCAGAGCUGCACCUGCUCAGCGACCGUGACGCCCCCGAAGCUCAGACCCUGACCCCCAGGUUCUCAGAGCUUGUGGAUGGCAGAGGGCGAGUGAGUGCCAAGUUUGGAGGCUCACCUGGCAAAUCGGUCACUGUGAGAUCACAACCCACGGCGGCAGUGCAGCCAGAGAGCACGGCGGAGGCCCCCGAGCAGGCGCCCAAGCAGGUCAGCCCGGCCCCCCAGCUCCCUGAACGCAGCGGCAACAAGGACAUGGAAAGCACCCCUGGGAACUGCUCGGAAAACCCGUGUCAGAAUGGAGGCACCUGUGUGCCGGGUGUGGACGCCCACAGCUGUGACUGCAGCCCGGGGUUCAAAGGCAGACGCUGUGAGCUGGCCUGCACGAAGGUGCCGCAGCCCUGCACUCGGCUCUUCUCCGAGACCAAGGCCGUGCCGGUCUGGGAAGGAGGCACCUGCCACCACGUGUACAAGAGAGUCUACAAGGUGCACCAGGACGUCUGCUUCAAAGAGAGCUGCGAAAGCACGAGCGCCAAGAAGACCGCAAACAGGAAACAAAGUAACAGUCCAACACUGAAGAAAUCUUAGGCACAGGAUUCAGGACGCCCUUGUUACACUCCCUCCGCCUCGUGUGCUUCCCACGCCCAGGAAGAUGGGGCUACAAUCAGACUUAAACAGGCGCCUGGGACACGAGUCCUGCCUGGCACCCGUCCCCUCUGCGACUUCCCUCCCCCCACCCCUACGAGACAGCCAGCCAGGCCGGGCAGGCCACACCAGGGACACCCUCAGAGCCGAAUCCCCUCCAGGCCCCACAACACUUCUGGCAUCCCAGGCCGUAAGCCCAGCUGCCGUUUCCUAUGGGCACAGCCUGGGCAUCGGCCUGGGUGAGCGAGGCGGCCAGCCAGGAAGGCUCCUGUGACAUCCGGAAACCAGUUCUGAGACCCCAAGGUCCGAGGCGGGGGGCGGGGGGGGGCAGCUGUCCCUGGAGACCUCACAGUCACCCAGAGGACGGCCGCUCUCGAGCCCCCCCCACCCCCACAGGGAAGGGGCCUCGAUGAGGGAUACCAGGCGGGGAGUCAGGAACUAGGCGCCCGCAGGGCCCUCAUUCGCACGUCAAGUCCCCUGGUCUGCCGCAAGUGCGACCCGCCACCCAGAGCAGCAGAUUGGAAAGAGAAAGUGCUAAUUGACAUGGAGAUGGGGUUUACACAUUUCCAGCCUCCAACUCGUUCUCCAACAGUGACUGGUUUUGGCUUCGUGGACCAGACGGUCUCCGCAGCAACGACUCAGCCCCACGUUCACAGCAGCGCAGCCACAGACGUGUGACCAGAAACUGUGGCCGCGCCCCAGUAAGACCUCUCCCGCCCGCGUGGCUAAGUCCCACUCUAUCAGGUCACCCAGGCCUCGGCCUCAUGCAGAGAAAGCCAUGCCCCGGAUGACAAGUCACGACUCAGCAGCAAAGACCCCUCCGGAGCCCCCGCUCAGAAGGAAGCUGUGCUGGCAGGCGCCCAGCAGGGGCUCCCUCCUCCUCCUGGGGCGGGUGGGGCGGGUGAGACCAGGACAGGGACAGGGACGGACAAACGGGGCAGGCCAGACCCGACAGCACCGGAGACGCGGGCCGACCCCACAACACUGCUGCGGGCCACGGCUGUUCACACCUGAGGCAAACUGGAGGCGCGCCGCCUCGCCACAUGUGCCUUCCAGCGUCUUCUACCGUCUUCUCCCUGCGGAGGCCAAGAGCAAGCAAGCCAACCAACCUCGAGUCACAGGCAGCAUUUUAAGAGUCGGCCUGACCUGAACUCAAGCCCCCGGACGUCUCCCAUGGACGCUGCCCCACGCCAGCCACAGAGGGGACUCCUUCCCGUCACCUUUUCUAGAAACAUUUUUUUGAAGAGUCAGAGUAUAUUUUAGGCUUUUUGUUUUUAUUAAAAUUUUGUGUGCAUA